AUGAAUAUGAAUGAUUGUCAGACAACAAUGUUGUCUCCUAGCCAAACAUCAACACAUAGUGUAAAUGAUAAAUGUAAAGCAAAAAAAUACGGUCGACAGUCUACAAUACCUCUGGAAUAUCGAGAUCAAACAAGACGAUUGAAAAAACAAAAUCUGGAACGUCGUAGACGUGCAUGUAUCUCAGAUAAAAUGAAUGCAUUACAUAAUUUAGCUAUGAAUUUAAUUGGUAAAGAUCCAACAGAAUAUCAUAAAAUUGAAAAAACCGAUAUUCUGAAUGUUUGUCACAGUGUCUUUAAAAAUGUUGUGGCUAUUGUCAACGAACAACCAGAUAUACUUGAACGUGUACAUCAACUUCGUGAUAAAUUUUACGAUAAAUUAAUCACAAAUCAUUCUAGUGGAUCAAAAAUAAACACAAUAUCAGUAAUGAUGAGAAUAAUAACAGUAAUGAGAAAUUUCAUUUAA